AUGGAGCAAGUGAAACAAAAGUGUGCAAAAAACUAUUGCUCUAAUCUGGUGAUCAUCGAGGAUUUCUUUGUAUUUAGGAUCUACUUUGUGACGACUGCAACCAAUUCUGGAAUGAUCCGCCAACCCCAACCACGGUUGAAAAGAAUGUUGGCGGUUUCUCUGUGCUCUAUCGAUAUCGUGCUGAUUUUUGCCUUCCCCCAGCAGACGCAGAAGCCAGACACGCACUGCGGCAACUUAGCUUCCUAUGGGGAACAUCUUGAGCAUUACCAAAGGAGGGCCAAAGAGUUACCCGCUUCCUCAUCCUCUGGAAGGCAGGCUAGCUGGAGCCGCAAGUAA